ACAAAAAUGGCCACUUCAAUUGUGAAACUACUUUUCCUUUCUGUCACCAUUUUCAUCUCAUUUUCCCCUUCAACUUCUAGUUCUAUUGGCCAAGGUUUCCUUCAAUGUUUCCAGACAACAUUAGGAGAUAACAACUCAACUUCAGGAGUAGUAUACACCAGAAGCAGUUCUUCUUAUGAACCCGUCUUGGAGUCUUCUAUAAGAAACACCAGAUUCCUGAACAGUUCAGUCCCUAAACCAAACUUUAUUGUUACUCCACAUAACCUUUUUCACAUCCAAAUAGCACUUCUUUGCUCAAAGAAAAACAGCCUUCAAGUUAGAGUUAGAAGUGGGGGGCAUGACUAUGAGGGCCUUUCUUAUAUCUCGUAUGUUCCAUUCCUUAUCAUUGACCUUACCAACCUUAGGUCCAUAAGCAUUAACAUGGAAGAAGAAAGUGCGUGGGUUGAAUCAGGUGCUACCCUUGGAGAACUCUAUUAUGCAAUUGCAAAUAGAAGUAAGGUGCAUGGGUUCCCAGCUGGGAGUUGUGCUACUAUUGGUGUUGGAGGACACUUAAGUGGAGGUGGCUUUGGUACCAUUUUCAGAAAGUAUGGCCUAGCUGCUGAUAAUGUUAUUGAUGCUCAAAUGAUUGAUGUUAGUGGGAAAAUAUUGAAUAGAACACUGAUGGGGGAAGAUCUCUUUUGGGCCAUAAGAGGAGGGGGAGGGUCAAGCUUUGGAGUCAUUACUGCAUGGAAAAUAAAGAUUGUACCUGUUCCUUCAAUUGUGACAAUUUUUGAUGUCUCAAGGACCCUUGAUCAAGGUGCCACUAACCUUUUCUACAAGUGGCAAACUAUUGGUCCCAAGCUCCCUUCAGAGCUUUUUUUGCACUCAGUUUUGCAAGUUGUUAAUUCAGCUUCUGAUGGUGGAAAAACUGUGGUGGUCUCCUUCACAGGAUUGUAUCUUGGGACUGCUCAAAAUCUCCUUCCUUUGAUGCAAAACAGUUUUCCUGAACUGGGUUUGCAAAGCAAUAACUUCACCCAAAUGACAUGGAUCCAAUCUGUCCUUUACUUCGCAGGUUAUUCAAAAGAUGAACCCAUGGAGGUCUUGCUCAAGAGAAACAUAACAUCACCAAGUUUCAAAGCAAAAUCUGAUUAUGUGAAGGAACCUAUUCCAUUACAUGGAUUAGAAGGGUUGUGGAAGAUGCUUCUCUUGGAUAACUCAGCCCAGUUGAUCCUCUCACCAUAUGGUGGAAUAAUGAGUAAGAUUUCUGAAUCAGAAACUCCAUUUCCACACAGAGAGGGGAACUUAUAUGGAAUCCAAUAUAUUGUGAAUUUGGUUUCAAAUGAAGAGGCUCCAAAGCAUGAAGAUUGGAUAAGGGAACUAUAUGCAUAUAUGGAACCAUAUGUAUCAAAGUGGCCUAGACAAGCAUAUUUGAAUUAUAGAGACCUUGAUUUGGGUGUGAACAGAGGAAACUCAAACUAUGAAGAAGCAAAAUCUUGGGGUUUGAAAUAUUUCAAUAACAAUUUUGAAAGGUUGGCACUAGUGAAAGCCAAAGUUGAUCCUGGAAACUUUUUUAGGGAUGAGCAGAGCAUUCCCCCACUAUAAAAGCUUGGUGUCAAUUGCCAAAUAGUAGAAUAAAUUACUGAAAUUUGCAAACAUGUGCAUCGGCAUAGUUACU